GGGGCCGGUGCGGCUUCCGAGCGCGGCUUCCGAGCGCGGCUUCCAGGAGACUGGGCGAGGCCGGCGGGGCCCGCGGCUGUUUCGCUGUCACGCGUGGGGCGCGGCGGACGCGGAGCUGCAACCAUGCUGUUCUGGCACACGCAGCCCGAGCACUACAACCAGCACAACUCGGGCAGCUACCUGCGGGACUUGACUAGUGCUCUUCAAAGGGAAAACGAUGUGCUCGCUUUGCCCAUCUUCAAGCAAGAGGAGCCCCAGCUGUCCCCCGAGAACGACGCCCGCCUGCCGCCUCUGCAGUACGUGUUGUGCGCGGCCACGUCCCCUGCCGUGAAGCUGCACGAGGAGACUCUGACCUAUCUCAACCAAGGUCAGUCUUACGAAAUCCGACUGCUGGAGAAUCGGAAGCUGGGAGACUUCCAAGAUCUGAACACAAAAUACGUCAAGAGCAUCAUCCGUGUGGUUUUCCAUGACCGCCGGCUACAGUACACAGAGCACCAGCAGCUGGAGGGAUGGCGCUGGAGCCGGCCCGGGGACCGGAUCCUGGACAUCGAUAUUCCACUGUCUGUUGGUAUCUUGGACCCCAGGGCCAGCCCGACCCAACUGAACGCAGUGGAAUUUUUAUGGGACCCUUCGAAGAGAGCCUCUGCGUUCAUUCAGGUGCACUGUAUCAGCACCGAGUUCACUCCCAGGAAGCACGGGGGUGAGAAGGGCGUGCCUUUCCGGGUGCAGAUCGAUACAUUUAAGCAGAACGAGAAUGGGGAGUACACAGAGCACUUGCACUCGGCCAGCUGCCAGAUCAAGGUGUUCAAGCCAAAGGGAGCUGACAGGAAACAGAAGACUGACCGGGAAAAGAUGGAGAAAAGAACGGCCCAGGAGAAGGAGAAGUACCAGCCGUCCUAUGAGACCACCAUUCUCACAGAGUGUUCCCCGUGGCCGGACAUGGCCUACCAGGUGAACAGUGCUCCCUCUCCAAGCUACAACGGCUCUCCAAACAGCUUCGGCCUUGGCGAAGGGAAUAGUUCUCCGACGCACCCGGUGGAGACCGUGCCGCUGGGCAGUGAUCACCUGCUUCCGUCAGCCUCGAUCCAGGACGCCCAGCAGUGGCUCCACCGAAACAGGUUCUCACAGUUCUGCCGGCUCUUCGCCAGCUUCUCGGGUGCGCAUCUCUGUGUUGUUGGUAGAACCCAUGGGGAUCCCAGAAACACAUCACAAAGCCAGGUGGCUUCCUGGACUUGGCCGCACUGCCUGCGGGGCUGGGACCCGGUAUGGCAUGGGUCACUCACUCACUUGCUGACCCUGAGCCAAGUGCUAAAGGAGGAGGUCCUGUCUGUUGGGAGUUUCGAGUCGAGUGUGGCUUUCAGGGCGGACCAUCUGGGUCCUCUAGGGUGGGUCCCAGUCUGCCCCGGAAGGGCCCCCUGCACCAGGUGGGCUGGGGCACACUCGGCAAGCCUUCUGGCUCUUCCCACCACCCUGCCACCCGUGUGUCACACUUUCUCUGGAGCCCUGACCUGGGAGAUGACAGUGAAGCCACAGGGAGGAGAGGAAGCUGUGGCUUCCUUCAAGCCCUCACCGGUGGGGCUGUCUGACAGAGACCUAGGGCCGAGGCUGUGGGUCAUAGCGGUAAGCAGAGCGGUGAACCCUGCCACCAAGUCGAGGCAGUCCAGAACGACGGGAGUAAAGUAUUGACCAGAACUAGGACAGUGGCUCCCAUGCACGUCAGUGACAGUGGAAGGAAAACUGCUCACGGUCAUCUUUGAGCUCAACUUUGGCGGGGCUUCCUUUGAGCUCUGAGGGAGCUUGUAGCUUUGAGUCUGCACAGGUGUGCGGACCCCAUGUUUCAGUGCUGCGUGACCCUGUGGUGGUGGGCAGUCUCAGAGGAGGGGCCUGGCUCGUUUUGGGGAGGAGCAGGGAGGGAUGCUGCCAUUUUUGGGGUGCCAAAGAGAGACAGUGCUCUUGGGCAGAGGCUAGGUCCAGGGGAGCAAGGGAGCUAAGUGGGUACGGGGGACAGUGAAAUGUCCAAGGAGGCAGAAAGUGCAAAGGCCACAAGAGCCUGGCACCCAGUGGUGAGGCCACAGAGCCUGGCACCCAGGUGAGUGGGGCCAAGUGGACUGGGGAAGGUGAGGUCAGAAGGGACCGAGAGGCCUAGUAGAACAGUGGAGGGAUUUUGGCUUCUACUUGUCAUGUAGAGGGAGCCUUUGUGCUUACAGAAUUAUGCCUGAAACUGUCUCUGAACUGUGGCAGGAAAAAGGGGUUGGAUGUUACUGCUCCUGGCCACGUGACUGCUGGCUGGUUUUCAGUGGAAGGUGAUAGCAUACUUGUCCCUUGGAGAGUCCUAGGGCACAAGGCUCUAGGGGACUUGUUGGGCUUUGAGGACGGGACUGCAUCCACGGUAAGGAUGUUCAUAGACCUUUAUUCAUCAUCGCUCCCAGCUAGGAGCAACCCUGGUGCCCAUCGGCAGAGAAUGGACAUGGGACUAAGGUUAUAUUCGUGCGAUGAAGAAUAUGUAAUCAUGGGCAUGAAUGAGCCCUUAACCAGAACUGGGAGGGAGGGAGCUGGACAUAGGAGAAGUGCAUCCUUGUCCGUUCCCCUUACAUAAAUUUCAAAGUUUCAGGCAAAGUUUAAGGAGAUGAGGAGUCAGGACGGUGGUUCCCCAGAGGUGGGGGCGAGACUGGCGGAGGUGCCAGUGGGAGGUGGGAACGUCUGCCUCUCGUUCGUGUCCCGGAGUGCGGCUGCACUGAGGAGGCCAAAGGCAGGGAGCUGUGCACUUCUGCACUUCGACGAGCAUGGGUCCUCAGUGUCCUGUGCUGGGUUACGUGUGCUUGUGUUAGUGCGCUAAACGGUAUGGAGGGAGGGACGGGCAGGCACAGCUGGUGAGGACCUUUCGGCUUUUGUAAAUGCGCGUCUGUUCUGCUGAGCUGGAGAACACCACUCAGCUCUUGGGCUGUGAUUUCCUUUGUUUAGCUUUUUGUUGUUUCUCUGUGGC